GCAGAUUCGACGCGAGGCCGUCACGGGGACGUUUGCAUUGUGUUGGUGCCAGACUGUGCGACGGCAGAGAGGACGUGCCGUUGAGUCACGGGUAGCGAUGCCGGGCUUAUGUUUGCCCCGGCGUAGACGUCGUCGUCCUGGUGUUGUGUGCCGACCCGCGGGUUAGUGACAACGACAAACCCUGGUUGUUUGGCCAAGAGCUCUCGCCAUGCCCCGGACAGUGUGCUACCUCGGGAUUAUCCUGUGCUGGUUCCCGGCGCUUCUGGAACUUGCGGAAGGUGGCGUGUCCGAGAGGCGUGGCUCCGCGUGCCAUUUUAAGAGUCGUUGGCAUGGCACCUGGUUCCAGAAGGGAGCCCAACCCGCGGUUGUCAUUGACAGGUCUCAGUUCGCCUCCAAAGGGAACUGUAUUGACGCCGACGGAGACAUGUUCCUCUUGGAAGACAGCCGAGAGAGGUGUUUCCGUUGCGUUGUUAUCUACGAGAAGCACAUCAACGUCCUGCAAUAUAGGGAAACUUUUUGUGAUGAAUACGGCACACUAGAAGAGGCGUGUCGGAGGCUUAACGUGGACGCCCAUCUACAUUCCUUGUUUCGGGUGGACGCUGCGCCUGUGGCGUGUCCGUUCCGUGGUCCGUUCUCGUUCAGCUACAACCGAGGUCAUGGUGAAUGCAAGCACCCAGUGUCCACAGUCGACUCGUGCACCAUCGAUUCACACAUUCUCUUCCGGUUUCAAGCAUGCGCCGACGUCUACGGCACCGAAAGCAGCGUUGAAGAGCUGACGUGUCUGGCCGUCUGGAAAGAAGGAUCCGCGUACUACCUCGUAGGCAAGAUGGUUCAACGGAGUGCGCAUGCCUUACCAUACAGUGAUGGAGACAGCUAUCGUUGCUUCGUGUACGAGCACGUGGGCCAUCAAAGCCGCGUGUUCAAGGUGUCUCAAUCGCCCGACGCUACGUGUGACGGACUCGUGUCAGCGUCGGAAGGUUCUCGCACCAUGACCCUCACACGGGCUCAUCAUCCUGACGCCGGAUGUCGGUUCCCAUCCUGGGCUGCGUCUCGGAGAUGGCGAUCGUUAGAUGGUCGCCGCAGUUUCGCCUUCGGUCAGAAGCAAAAAGCAUUUCGGGUGCAGAGGGCGCACUCGGAACAGGCCGAAGUACGGGUUACAUGCAUCGAGGACAGGCCGCCAGCCACACCUAACGCAACAACCGUACUAGGCUACAGCACUUCGGGCUGCAACAACGGCUAUGUAUGCGUCACUUUUCAUCGAAGGGACGACCAUAUACUAGAAAUGCAGAUGGGCGAACUUACUCGGUCAGCGCGAGAAGCUUGUCUACCACCCGCCUAUGAGCCAAAUACUCAAGACUUUAUUACACUUGUUGAAUCAUCAGGUACUCUGAGGCCCUGUCCUGCAUUGGUGUCUACUGAUGGGUUGCGUGUAAGUGGUCGGGCAGCGUGGCGUCCCGACGGUCCGUGUCGCGACCUGGCGGUUGGAUGCCGAAGUAGGCACCAGCUAGAGUUCCUCGCAAAUUGUCCUGCAUCCUCUUCUGACGAGGACCGCCUUGCCACGUUUCAGUGCCACGGCAGCUGGGCAGAGAACGGCAAGAACUAUCUCAUAGCGGGACUCAAGGGAUCCAGAGCCAAGUACUGCUUUGUAUUCUGGGAGGGUGAGAAAGUGACGCAGUUGUCGGGUCUUCACGACACGUGUCGCCGUUCUGCGUUACCUGGACUCACGGGAAACCUCACCUUCAACAUCAGUGCCGCAGGCGACUGCGAUUUCCAGCUAAGCCAAGCGACCACCUUCGCCCCAGCGGCGUUGCUGCUACCGUCGGGCUUGCAGCUCAUUCUAAUGGGGCUCUUACUGCGGUGACGUCAACUCGCCCGAAAGUUCGCCGUCCCCACCCCAGUGCCUCAGGGACUGCUGCUAUCGCCGCUGCACGUCCUCCAGCAGCCAUAAGGCUUUCCGGGUCCGUCCGGCCGGACCCACACACAUCACAAGUCCCACGAUGAAGAAGACGUCCAGCAUCGGUUGCUCGCGUCAUAGACGGAGUCUUCGUGCACGUCCACGGACUCGGUGUUACCCGAGUGUAGAGGUGUUGCCCCCAAAAGUGUGGUGGAGACAUUCCAAGGACAUUGAGAGAAAAGAAGAACGGACCCAGAGACAGAGCACACACUAGACAUAGUUCUUGCGUGUUCCAACUAGAUGUACCAUAACCAUCCUUUUAGCACUCGUGGCCUCGCGGAGAAGUAGUUUUUCUUAAUAAAGCACGAACGGUGUUUCCGGUU